AUGGCUUUCAAGACGUGGGUGAUGACGGCCCUCGUUGGCCUUGCCAAUGGUCUGGCCUCAACCGACACCAUCACCUGGGGAGGCGACAAUUCAAGAGCCGGGUACCAGACAAACCACAACAUGGACCCCUCCGUCGUGGGGAGCUCCCAGUUCGGCCAGCUCUUCCGUACGCUUCUUCCCGGUAGCUACGGCAACGUCCCCGAGCAGAUCUUUUCUCAGCCACUCGUUUAUACGCCCGACGGCGACAGCACUCAAUAUGUUUACGUCGCGACUACACAAAAUAAUGUCUACAAAAUUAAUGCAAAGACGGGCAGCAUCGUCGCUUCCCGCAACCUCGCUAUCCCCUUCCUGUCUCUCGACUUGAGUGGCUGCUAUGAUAUCGAACCUCACGUCGGAGUCACCUCCACUGGUGUAAUUGAUGCCACUACCAACACUCUCUACCUCACCUCCAAGACGUACGUCGACCAGACAUUGACCGGCGUUGCCCAAGGACGCCCUGCCGGACGUUACUACCUCCAUGCCCUGGAUGUGAAUGACCUCAGCGAGAAACCCAAUUUCCCCGUCAACUUGGAAGGCAUCGUAGCCAAGAAUAACCCGAUUCGCUCUUUCAAUGGCGGCAUCCACCAUCAACGACCUGCUCUCCUACACGUUGGCAACUACAUUUACGCCGGAUUCGCUUCUCACUGCGUUCAGUACAACUUCACUGGCUGGAUCAUGGGCUUUGACAAGACAAGCGGUGCCAACGUCGAGCGUUUCGCUACUGAAGGUGACGGUGUUCCCGUUGACGUCAAGGGUGGUGGGGUCUGGAUGUCAGGCGGUGGUCUCGCUUCCGAUGAUGCCGGCUCCUUGUUCUACGCCACCGGCAACGGAUACGCCUCCCAACUCAGCACGAUUCCCGUCAACGGCCGCACGCCCCCGACGUCUUUGGAAGAGGCCGCGGUUCACAUGACGAUCAACGACGACGGAAGCUUGAGCCUGGUCGAUUUCUUCAUGCCAUGGGAGAAGCAAGCUCUCGACGGUGCCGACAAGGACUUGGGAACUAGUCCCCUGCAGAUUCUGCCCAGCACGUUCUCCUGUGGCGACGUCAAGCGCAUUGGCGUGGUGACUGGAAAGAGCGGCAAAACUUACUGGCUCAACCUGGACGACUUGGGCGGCUAUCGCAAUGGCGCCAAUGGCCUGGAUGAUGUGAUCCAGGUCUACCAGAACGAGAACUCUGUGUACGCAGGUGCAGGUGUCUACCCCGGUGAAGGUGGUUACAUCUACAUCAAUGUCAUUCAAUACCCUACCCACGUCUUCAAGUUCUCCUGUGAGGCCGGAGUUCCCUCUUUCACCAAGGUUGCCGAUAGCCCGCAGAACAACGCCUACAUUCUGGGUGUCAGUCACGGCACUGUCACAACUCUCAAUGGCCAAGCUGGCACUGGUCUUCUCUGGACGCUGGAUGUACAGGGUUCGCAGCUCAAAAUCUUCGAAGCCGUCCCCAAGGAUGGUUACUUGAACAUGAUCAAGUCCUUCAGCGUUCCCGGCAGCACCAAGUUCACCAGAGCCGUCUUUGGUGAUGGCAUAAUGUACCAAGGCACCACCCAAGGCUACCUGUACGCUUUUGGCUCGCCAGUCACGACACCAAUCAACUGCACGGCCACCAACGAAUUUGGCGUCGUCAAUGUCGGUUCUCAGAGUGACCCGCGCACCAUCACUUGCACAGCCGUCAUUGGCGUCACCGUUUCAGACGUCGGCCUCGAUGAGGCUGAAGACUUCACCCUAUCCGGAGUUCCCACGCUCCCUCUUACUCUGACUGCUGGCCAGACCUUCACUAUAGGCGCCUCAUUCAAGCCUACUACCGUUGGUCUGGUGUCUUCCGACAUCGUCGUCAAUACGACCAAUACGGCCGAGGGCUACAGCCAAGGAACCCAUAUCAGACUCACUGGUACUGGUGAGAGCGCCGGCCCUUUGCUGUCCAUCACGCCUCCGACCAUCACUUUCCAAGGCGUCAUCGCCGGACAAGAGGGCGGAACGGAUGAGAGCGUCAUCUUGUCCAACCAGGGUAACUCAGCCUUGUCCAUUACCGACGUCCAAUUCUCUACGACCAGCGCACAGGGACCCUUCACCAGCUGGGAUAGAGCCACUGCUUCACUUACCGUCGGCAAAUUCACCCUCACCAACGUUCCGGCUACGAUCCCCGCCAACACUGCUGUUACCGUUCGCAUCGCUUUUGACUCCUCUGUCAGUGGCACCUUUGGCGCGUAUCUCCAGGUUGUCUCCGAUGGCGGAACCAAGGCGUUUACCAUUGCUGGUUCUGCAGGACCCGCUCCCGUAGCUCUCGUCGAGUUCCAGACGCCUGACGGCACUGGAUGGGUCGAGUACGAUGCGGCCAAGAACUUCACUUUUGGUAACGUCACCGAGAACACUUCUAGGGCUCUGAAGUUCCGCGUUACCAAUAAUGCUACUGAGGGCGGCGUCAAGCUCUCCCUCACUGUCUCCAAGCCGCCUUUUGGCAUUGACGGCAUCAUCCAAGCUGCCAACCUCGUCGACCUUGCUGAAGGUACUAUUCUUGCUCCUGGUGAGAGCGCCACUGCCACCUUGAUUUGCACUGUUCCCAAGGCUCAGUGGAACACCGAUUCAUACAGUGGCACAGCUCCUUGGACCAUGAAUACCAAUGACCCCAACUUUGAGAAGCACUUCUUCACUUUCGAGUGCACUGCUGUUGCCGAGCAAGCACCGCCCUUGCUAGGCGAUGGCCAGGGCAAGUACCGCUACAUUGGCUGCUACAAGGAGAACAACCCCGGUCGCCAACUUGCAAACCAGUUGUACGGCGACGACACGAGCACGAACGCCAAGUGCAUAGCUGCUUGUGCUGAGAAGGCGUACGUCUUCUGCGGUACCCAGUACCACACUGAAUGUUGGGGUGGCCCCAAGAUCCCUACUGAGAAGGUCGAUGAACGCAACUGCAACUUUGACUGCGGCGGCGAUCUCAAUCAGAUCUGCGGUGGUAAUGGAUUUGGAGCGAAUGAAGGCGGAGCUUACAUUUCGGUCUUUGCUGACUCGGUUCAAUGGGACGGCAACACGACAACCCCUACGCCGAAUCCGGACCCCUCGGGUCCUGAGGUGAACCCUGGCGUCGGGCAGUAUGUGAGCGAGGGUUGCUACACUGAGCCCGCGGACACGCGCGCCUUGCCAAACCUGGUCACUACAACAGGGAAGACUGUCGCUCUUUGUAUCGAGACUUGCGCCGCUAGCAGAUACACCUAUAUCGGCUUGGAGUACGGAGGAGAGUGUUGGUGUGGUAACACUCUUGCUACCGGCUCAGUUCCUGCCGAUGCCGCCGAUUGCAGCAUGCCUUGCGCGGAUAAUAGCACCGAGUACUGUGGUGGAUCUUCCAGGCUCAACCUAUACAAGCUCGACGGCACCUUGCCUGAACCCACGAACGCAGUCCCAACCGGCGCUACCACAACUACAUCAGCGGCUCCGACUUCGACCGCUCCUCCGGCAAACGAGAGGGUCGGCGACUGGCUCUUCCAGGGUUGCUAUACCGAAGGAACUGGUGUUCGCGCUCUCUCUUCUCGCACGUACGCCAACGAUUCAAUGACCCUCGAAUCUUGCGGCGCUUUCUGCGAGGGUCUUGCGUACUUUGGUACAGAGUACGGUCGCGAGUGUUGGUGCGGUGACGAAUUUGGCACUGGCAGCGCUCUCGCGGCAAACCAGAAGGACUGUUCUUUCCCCUGCGCUGGUGACAGCACUCAGUUCUGCGGUGCUGGAGACAGACUUCAGGUUUACCUCUACUCGCCUGUGAGCGCGAAUACACCGACUGAGGCUACCACUACUGCCUCCGCCUUCGCCUCCUUGGUGGUUCCGUCUAAUGAAACUGCAACCUCCACCGCAACUGAGACUACUCCGGCCGACAAACAGGGCUCUCCGACUGGUAGCACCAGCAGCACAACGGCCUUCUUCACUGCGUCCAACUCUACCAUCUCUAGCGCUCAAGUGACCGCCGAAACUGUUGUAGCCACUCUUUCAGCAAGUAACUCGUCCAUUCCGGCGACUGCUAAGGCUUCAACUACCUCGUCCACUACGUCAACCACAAGCCUGCUCAGUACAUCGGCCCUCAACUCAACCUUCUCGCCUACUCUGGAGCAGGUCACCACCUCACCGGCCACUUUGGCCACUUCAUCGGCCUCAGCAACUGCGCUCUCCAACAGCACAGUCCCAGCCACUUCUUCAACCUCGACCACUUCUUCAGCCCUGGCCACCUCGUCAGCCCCGGCCACUUCUUCAGUCCCACCCACUUCUUCCGUUCUGGCCACUUCGUCAGCCCCGUCCACUUCCACAUCUUCAACCACAACAUCAACGUCUUCCGCCACCCCCACACCGACCGGCCCAGUAAUCUCUACCGGCAACGAAAACUUCACAUACUACGGCUGCUUCUCGGAGCCGCAGGUCGGGCGUCUUCUCCCCGCCCAGAUCAUCAACCGCGAAAACAUGACCAUCGGCAUGUGUCUGAGCGCUUGCUACGACAAGAACUACGCCGGCGUCGAGUACGGUCGCGAGUGCUGGUGCGGCGACGCCCUCAACUUGGGCGGCUCAGAUGGCUCGACGCCAGCCGCCAACGUGACGGCCAAGGACUGCUCGUUCACGUGUCCCGGUAAUAGCACCGAGUACUGCGGCGCCGGUGUGAGGUUGAGUCUGUAUAUCCUCAAGGAUGAGCUUGAGAAGCUGCAACAGUCCAACGCGACGAUUUCGUUCAAGUCGUAG